AAUUCGAGUUGAGCUCAUUCGCUGUACGCACCUCGGGUUGUGCGGUCAACUAUACAAGGUACGAACCUUGCAGUUGAACCGACAAUCUUGUCCUAAAACCUUUUUAAGGUCAGGAUAAAAUAGUUCCUAAAUCUCAAUGCAGUAGAAUUUUCGAAAAGAAUUUAAAAAUGGCGUUAUUUGUGUUUGUGCUUUUGUGUGUUGCCGUCGCUGAAGUGAAAAGCGCGAUUUUGAACCCGUGGAGUAAAGUUGAAGCCAACAAAUGUGGCGUGGAAGCCAGUACCAAUCUGGUCCAUCACAAUCCUUGGCUGGUCUAUAUCGAGUAUUGGCGUGGAAAUUCGGAUACUGAAAUCCGAUGCGCCGGUACCUUGAUCGACAGCAAACAUGUCGUCACCGCUGCCCACUGCGUUAGGACUCUGAAGUUCAGUCGUUUAGUCGCUCGUCUUGGCGAAUACGACGUAUAUUCUAAGGAGGACUGCGUUCACGGAGUUUGUGCCGACCCCAUCGUAAGAAUCAACGUGGCUGAAAUCAUCGUGCACCCUAACUACAGCAACCGGGAACAUGACAUUGCAAUCUUAAGGCUCGAGGAGGAAGCUCCUUAUACCGAUUUCAUCCGGCCCAUCUGUCUGCCUUCUGGUGAUCUCGAAGAAGACACCCAGUUCUUCGCAGCCGGCUGGGGUGAGAUCCCUACGAAAGGCGUCUUUAGCCACGUAAAAAAAAUCAUUCCCCUACCGUACUGGAAUAGGGAAAGGUGUCAAAAGGUGUACCAGUACAAUUACAUCCCGGAGAACGUGAUCUGUGCUGGAGGUGAAGAGGGCAUCGAUACCUGUAGGGGCGAUUCUGGUGGUCCUUUAACUCGAGUGAGAGACACCAUCGAGCUUUGGGGAGUUACCAGCCACGGUAAUGUCCACUGUGGCACCAAAAACUCUCCUGGAAUUUACACUAGCGUGGCCGAUCAUUUGGACUGGAUCAAAACUGUUCUCGAAUCUUAAAUAAGUGGAAAUUUACCGACUAAGGCAUCGUCUAACGGCAUUUGAGUUUAUGUAAAUAUUAAAUCAAUAGAUAUAAGAUUUUGAAAACUGACGACGAAUGAUCUCCUUAAUUUUAAACUUAAAAAAUUCAUUAUGGCUUUCGGCUUAUUCACGUAAUAUUUGGACGAGGAACUCGACUAGU